AUGCGCUCGUUUAGAAACACCAAUACUACCUCAGUCAUGAACGCCCGCCAACCCGAAACCGUAUACCCUCAGUCGUCGAAUGAAUCCAACGACGACAACAACGACAGCAACAACAACCUUACUCUGAACAACGACAAUAACAGCGAAGAUGAUGGCGAGUGGGUCGUCAUGGCUUCCGUCAAACGGCAACCAAGACGACGACCAUCCCAUCACAACAACAACGCCAUCAACACAGAGAACGAGAACCGGAACUACUUGGUCGAGGAUGACUCUGAGGAAGAGGAUGGAUACAUGUCGUGGACUGAGCAUGAGCUUUCGAAGCAUGCCAAGGCUACUCAACUCAAGAAUAUCCGUACACACCCUGGUGUCCCCCUUGCCGUCAGACGAUCCUUGAAAUAG